CCGGUUGUUACCCGCUGAAACAGUCUAAAGAUUGUACGCCAUUAUUGCAAACUGACGCUACGGCGUAUUAUUCCAUAACAUUUUGUUCAGUUUUUGCUACAUUUAUCUCAUUUAUACAUAGUUGAAGUUCUACAAUGAGUGAUAUCGAGCGGAGUGGUAGUCGUAGUGCAAGUCCUAGAAGACCAAGAACAGCAGAUGGAGGAUUAAGAGAUUCACGUUCACAUUCAAGAUCACGUAAAUCAAGAGAACGUAAAGAAUCCCACCGACCAGUAAAAGAAUAUUCAAGAUCACGAAGUCGCUCAGUGUCAAGGGGAAGAAAAUCUUAUCGUAGCAGCAAAUAUGCUAGUGCAGGUCAUCGUGGUAGUAGCCGCAGUCGUAGUCGUUCUCCAUAUAGGGGUGGGCGAUAUUCUCGAAGCAGAUCUCGAUCAUAUUCUCGUUCCCGUUAUUCUCGCGAACAUGAUAGAAACAUUUAUCGUUCACACUCACGUAGUCCAAUGUCAUCUAGACGACGUCACGUUGGAAACAGAGACAAUCCAUGUCCUUCCAGAUGUUUAGGUGUGUUUGGACUUUCCAUUUUUACCACAGAGCAACAAAUACAUCACAUCUUUUCUAAAUAUGGGCCUGUUGAACGUGUACAAGUUGUAAUUGACGCAAAGACUGGAAGAUCCAGAGGAUUCUGUUUUGUAUAUUUUGAAUCGUCUGAAGAUGCUAAAGUAGCAAAAGAACAGUGCACAGGAAUGGAUAUCGAUGGCCGAAGAAUAAGGGUAGAUUUUUCAAUAACACAACGAGCUCAUACACCAACUCCAGGAAUUUACAUGGGAAAACCUACACAUCUACAUGAUAGAGGAUGGGAUGGACCCAGAAGACGAGAGUGAGUAUAUUUUCAAAGAUUUGUAAAAAAUUUGUAAAAAAAAAAAGCGGAAACAAUUAAUUUUAUAUUUACUAAACAGUAGCUACAGAGGAAGCUAUCGACGUUCACCUAGCCCAUAUUACAAUCGCCGCCGUUCACGCUACGAUAGAUCUCGAUCACGUUCCUAUUCGCCACGUAAGUUUAUUUUUUAUUCUGCUACAUAAACUAAUAUAAGCAGUCUACAUGGAUAUGUGUCUCCUUUACCUACAUUUACAUAGCAGUCAAUUAAAUAUAGAUAUAAAAAACCAAAACUCAUUGAUUUGAUAUUGUAUAAUUCGCCGAUAUCUGCUUUUUAUAAACUUGAAAAUAUAUUGAAAUAAAAAAAUAUUUUAAACCUAUUCAUAUAUGAGAGAUUAACAACAUUAAAUGAAUGUCAGCUAAUAUAUAAUAUGGAAUUUAAUCUUAAUUUUCAUGAGAUUUUAAAAACAAAGAAUUAAAAAUAUUUAUCUGUAUGAAACUUAACAUUUUACUUAUAUUUCUUUAUUUUGUUUAAUUUAUUUUAAUAUUAGAUAACUUCUAG